UCCAUCGCUUUGCGCACCUACUACAAUAUGAACUGGUUUGAUUUAAACCUUUGUGAGAUUUUCCUUGGUUUUAGUGCCUGUUUGUAUAAGCCAUCAAUACUCUAAAUAGAGGAUAACCGAUGAGAGAUUACUUGACUGCUGUUUUUAACCCAGUGUUCCAACUUCCUCAAAACUAAUCGUUUACUUACGCUUGGUGUAUCUCUUGAUUUAUCAGCGUCUAGAAUCUAUUGAACAUACAAAUAGUUCAGUCCAUAUUGGUAUAUUUACGGGUUUAUUUACGUAAAAAAUCCAGAUACUUCGUUAUAAACCUUUCGCGUUAAAUUUCCAGUAAGAGAAAACAAUAAAACCUUCGCUUUUGUUAAAAGCGAGUCAAGUUAAAUGUGUCAGUUUUGCUUCUCAAGAACAAUAAAUAAUAUAAUCGAUGUUCUCUUCAGUUGCGAAAUGCUUUGCAACUAGUCGGUGUUGGUAUGACUUUCAACUGUUUGUUAGAUCCAUGGAUCUUUACAGAUCACGUCCUGGCGGAUGAUUCAUUUUUAUUAUGUUACCUAGCUGGCAGUCAUGGGAACAGCGGGGUGUGCUCAGUCGUUUUCGGAGACACCUCAAGCCAAUAAAAACAAGAAAUAAGAUAUGUAUUAAGUCGAUGUAGAUAUACGGAGUCAAUAUCACUUAAUUUCUUCGUUGAAUUAUGUUAUUUAGAGGUAUUUCCCUUUAGCGUAUUUAAGAUGCGUAUUACAUUACUAUAUGUAGUUUAAAGUAAAUUACACGGAAAGUAUAAUGUGCGGCUGAAUAAACGCGUUUUUCAGCUUUGUACCAAUUCCGACAAAAAAAGUCAUGCUGAAGCUUGUUUUGCAGACGCAGAUCUCACGAGGUCUGACGUAUCAACGUCGCCAGUAAACGAUGAGCGGGGAGCUGCUUAUUGAGUUAGCAAUCCAGUCCAAUCUGAGUAUCAAGGAACACAUGUUUGCAAACAUAAGUGAGCCGUUAAAGUUUUCUACGUUAUUUUAUCAUACUUGAGAUUGUUAUUGCUCCUGCCAGAAGUCAAGAAGAGCAUACAUAUCUCCGUGAUCAGAGCAAAACCAGUCGGACUGCCUGGACAGCAAUCUGCUGAAUCUUUUGUUUUGUCAAGUGGAUUAACUGUGUUUAUAGUCAUGGUUGCAUCUUCAGCAUGCUGAAGGUUCAGCAAGGCGACUGAUGCGAGCGGACAGCAGAACAAGCUCUGCCAAGAAGCUGGAUAAAAGUGAAAGCCAGAGUGAAGAGGAUCUGAUUAUGAGACUUCCUGAGAUGCUGGACCUCCAGGCGUGCUACAGUGACACUCUGCAGGAGCUGCGCGGUCUGGAGCUCCAGCGGGAGACACUGGUGUUUCAGGUGGACUGUCUGCAGGACGCCCUCGAGAGGGCGGAGGAGAUGCUCGCCGAGGCACAACGGGAAGCUGGAGACACCAGUGCGGAGCUGGAGCGAGAGAGGCAGACCAGAAAGAAACUGGAGGAUACUGUGGAUGCUCUCAUGCAAGAGCUGGAGAGCCUGAGAGCGAUGAAUCAGGCCACACCUGGUGUGACGGAUAGUACAGGAAAUGCAGUGGUGAUUAUAGAGCAAGACAGCAGCCCAUCUGGCCUGGGAUCUACACAAGGGACAGUGGAAUCUCCAGUGAAGAGGUCUUCAGAGACCACUCCAGACGGUGCUCUUCCUUCAUCAGAGCAAUCUGCCAAUGAAGAAGGUAGUUCACAUACCCCUCCAUUCAGGGACGUACUUAAGCAGUCAUCAGUGGAUUCUGAAGGCUCGCAGACUGCAGUUACUGAAGACCACCAAGAGAAUAAGCAGACGGCAGACAGCACUGUGACCAGUGAGAGCCCCCUUGCCAGAUUUAAUAGAAUAGUCCAAAAGGCCUUUGCUCAAUUGCCUUCUUUAGCUUUGGACACCAGCCCUCCCCAAGGCGGGAUUAUUGGGCGUCCCCAGAGCAGAGCAGAGGGGGGCAUGCCUCAUGAAGAGGUGCUGGCGGAGACCUCUUCAGAGUGGUGUGACAGUGUGAUUUUACAGGAAUCCUUUCCAGGUGACGCCCCGUGUGAAGCACAGGAGAAUAUUCCUGAUACUACCCCACCUUUAGUGCAGGCAGAAUCGAAUGAGGACUCCUCGUCUCUGAGUAAUCCUGCUGAGGAACAGAGGGCCGAUGCAGAUAGCCAGGCAGGUCCUCCUCCCAGCCCUCCUAAGGACCAUCAAGACCAACAGCCUGGUCUUGAUCCCAAGGGCCUAAAGAACCCUGAGCACUGUACCUUAUCUUGACAGCAAGGUUCUCCCCUGUGAUACACAGGUUCUAAGCUUUAAUGGAAUCAGACAGUUUGGAUUCCAAACGACUUGGCUGUUUUCCUGUUAUCUUUGGCAAAUGCUUACGUUUUUCUCUAAACAAAUCUGUACUUUUAUAGCUAUACUCCACUUCUGACGAAGUCCUUUUCAGCACAUAUAUGUUUUUUGGGUUCACAGUUCUUUGCAAGGGGGAAAAAAAAACACUUACAGUGCACAUUAAGUACUGGCACCAUUCACGAAGUUUAGACGCACAACCUCAGGCAACCAGCCUGUUAUCAAUUGGGUCUGCACAUCUGUUGUAAGAAAGCUUCCUCAGACAUUGCUGGAUGGUAUUUAUUUUUUUUUAUAUGUCGGCCUUUCCAUAUCCUUCACAUUGUAUUUAUAUAUUUCUUAGUGGUUAUCUGCACUUUUACCUUUAUUGGUUAGAACAUCCCAAUAAAACUGCCUAAUAAUCAGGUUAUUAAAAAGAGAAAUUUACAUUAAAAUUAUCAUAGUGUAUAGAGCAUGUACACAGGUUUUCCAAGUCAAAUUGGAGUGUAUUUCAAUUUCCUAAGUCGUUUGGUAAAAAUCUUUCAGAGCUCCGUAAUUAGUUUGGUAAAUUGUGGCUAAAAUUGGGCAUCGUUUGGCUGGAUGCUGUGGCGUCAGGACUCUGUGGGUUAGGUUUAGGGUUAGGUUUAGGAUGAGGGUAGGUUUAGGGUUAGGUGUAGGGGGAGGGUAGGUUUGAUCACUGCCCAGGAGUUCUGCUUUUCUUUCACAAAUUAUUUUACUUUGUUUACCUUUUGCUCAGAAGGAAUUUAAGUUUCAGUAGAAGCUGUUGGUUUUUUAAGUUUCUGACAUUGAACUCACAACAGUCUAAUCUACUGUAUGAAAUGCACAGAGCUCGUUAUUGACAAAUAUAUGAACUGAACAACAUUGACUAUUACAGCACAGAGGACCCUUGUAAUUUUUAAACAGUUUAUGAAGAAAGUUUUAUCUUAAUUGUGCUUAUUUUUAAGUAGUCCUCCAGAAGAAUAAAAUGUUGAUGCAGAUUAUCAUUUUUAUUGUACUCUUCAGUAAGUAAAACCAGAUAUUUAUUGCUGUUAUUAUUAUUUUGAAACUUGGUAUUAUAGUAGCGAUGUGUUGUGGUAGUAGCGAUGUGUUGUGAGUUUUAAAAUUGCUGUUACAAUUCAUACAAUUCUGUGGGCGGGCUUCACCCAGAACGCUGGCGCUCUGCUGUAAAACAACAUGCUGCUGAAUUUGACUCUACAGCAUGGCUGUGUGACUGAGCAAACAGGAAUGCAAACAUGCUGAAUGAUGAGGAUAUAUUUAACUUUACUUGCAUAUUGAAAACAACCAUGUUUUCCUUUUUCUGCUCUCAGCAUAGAAAUGUAUUCUGGUAUAUAUUUUAAGCAUUUCUUGCAUGCUUUACCAAUACUAGUCUGAAUACAAUAAUGUUAAUGUCCAGUUAUUUUACUGUAAAUAUUUGUGUCAAAUUGCUGUGGCCUUUAUUGUUUAAAAUAAAAAUGCUUGAAUACACCAAUGGAAAAACA